AAAAUUUAGAAUGUUCUACUAAUCCUAUUACAAAAAAUAUGCUAAAAAAAAUAAAAAAAAGUAAUUUGUUAAUUAGCUAAUAAUUUCUCGAUAAUAAUAAGUAACUUUAAGAGAUGUCAGAAGUUGAAAAAAUGCACUAUGUCCCUAAUGAAGUUCUGAGGAUAGAAAGUAUACUUUCAAAACAAAUGAGUUCUACUGCAAAAUCUAAAUUUUAAAAACUUAAGAACAAGAACUAGAGGAAAGAAAUCACGGUUUAUCCUCCGAAAUGGAAUAAUGGCGAAAUUAGUGCUUAUUAUUUAUUUAUGAUAACAGUGCCUUAAAUCAUAAUAAUAUCCUUGUGGGCUUCGGGAAUUUUUAUAGAAUAUCAUUAUAUGGGAUUAACAUUUACUAUUUUUGUAUAUCUAUCUUACCUCAUCGAGUCUUUUAGGUGUAAUACUUUUAAGCAACUAUUUAAUGCAAGAGAGCAAGAUAGCUUUUUCAAAGAUUUAAAAAAUUAUAAAGAAGGAAAACCAGAGAUUUGCCUCGAUAUUAAAUGCUAUUCAAAUAUGGAUAAAUAUGGAUCAAAAACUAACUAUACUUAUAUGGAAUAAGUUAAGUUUGACUAUGAUUCUUAUGUUGAUAAAUCUUCUUCGUUUCCAAAUGUGUUUGACUCAUAUUCAAUAGUAAGAGUGCAAAAUAUAUUAACUUUUUCAUAUAAUGAUUAACUCUCAGAGUAUUACUUUGAGUCUAAGAGAAGGAAUGCCCUUCAUAGAUGCUUCAUAGAGAGUAAUUGUGUAAAAUAAUUUAACAACUCAAAGGUUCAUGGUCAAGUUUGUCAUAUGAUAAUUAAAUAAAAUACAGCAUCAAACUUCUUCUAUUCUUGGAUCACAUACUCAAUAUUUACUAUAGUAGGAUUGAAUAUUGUUUAUAGAUUAAUUUUGAAUACUCAUUCUCCAUUUGUUUAGAAUUAUAUCCACAAAGUAAUUUAAGCGAAGAUUAAUCAUAAAAAAUUGUUAGACGAUUAACUUAAGUAGGCAGAUUUUUUAAAUGAAAAUAAAAAAAUAGCAUAAGAGGAAUAUGAAGAAAUUAAGUAAUACUAUGAUAAGUACUAUUAAUAAAAUGAAUCAUUUUUGAAUGUCAAUUAUUAAACACCUGAAUUAUCCUCAUAAGGAAGUAAAUAAACUUAACCUUCAGAAGUAUUAAAAUUCAAUAAUUAAAAUCAUCUUAGCAAAAAUGACGCUGAAGUGUUUCUUUGA